AUGACCGUCACUACCCCCCGUCGAAGGCCGUCCCGUAAGGGAUCAAUGGCCGAUAUGCCGAAGGACCUGCUCGAGCAGGUGAAGGAGCUUGAGGAGAUCUUCACGGUCGACCAGGCUUGUUUAAAGAAGGUCGUCAACCACUUCGUCAAGGAGUUGGAGAAGGGUAACUGUUUGCUCCCUUUACGGAGAUUUCGAAAUUCAGCUAUGCUAAUGUACCAUGGAAGGACUGAGCGUCGAGGGUGGAAACAUCGUGAGCUUCCAUCCCAUCUUGCUUCGGAGAUAUCGGACAGCACUGACGAACAUUCUCAACUACAGCCUAUGAACGUUACCUGGGUCAUGGGAUUUCCCACCGGCCACGAACAAGGCACGUUCCUCGCUCUUGACAUGGGCGGCACCAACCUUCGUGUUUGCGAGAUUUUCCUUUGCGAAAAGAAAGGCGAAUUCGACAUCACUCAGUCUAAAUACCGCAUUCCCGAAGAGUUGAAGAACGGCUCUGCAAGUGAGCUUUGGGAAUAUAUUGCCGAUUGCGUCCAACAAUUUAUUGAAUACCACCACGAGGAGGAAAAUUUGCCGGAUUUGCCCCUAGGUUUCACCUUCUCAUACCCAGCGACUCAAGAUUCCAUUGACCAUGGUGUGUUACAACGAUGGACAAAGGGCUUUGAUAUUGACGGUGUGGAGGGAGAAGAUGUGGUGCCUAUGCUGGAACAGGCUCUCUCGAAGAGGGGUCUUCCGAUUAAAGUCGCCGCUUUGAUCAAUGAUACCACAGGAACCCUCAUCGCAUCAGCUUAUACCGAUCCAGAGAUGAAAAUCGGCUGCAUCUUUGGAACCGGCGUUAACGCCGCCUACAUGGAAAAUGCCGGAUCGAUCCCAAAGAUUGCUCACCACAACCUUCCUCCCGACAUGCCAAUUGCCAUUAAUUGCGAAUACGGUGCUUUUGAUAACGAGCGCGUGGUGCUUCCGUUGACGCAAUAUGACAUUGUCAUCGACCGCGACUCACCCCGUCCUGGCCAACAGGCUUUUGAGAAGAUGACUGCUGGUCUUUAUCUUGGUGAAAUCUUCCGCCUCGUUCUUCUCGACCUUAUCGACAACAAAGGCAAUCUCAUUUUCGAAGGUCAGGAUGCUAGCAGCCUGCGGAAGCCCUACUGCCUGGAUUCAUCUUUCCUGGCCUACAUCGAAGAAGAUCCCUUUGAAAACUUGUCCGAAACCAAAGACCUUCUCGAGCGUACUCUCGGCCUCAAGGCCACCAAGCCGGAACUCGAGCUGUGCCGUCGCCUCGCAGAGCUCAUCGGUACCCGUGCCGCAAGACUCUCCGCCUGUGGUGUUGCUGCUAUCUGCACAAAAAAGAACAUCAAAUCCUGCCACGUCGGCGCCGAUGGUUCAGUGUUCAACAAGUAUCCCCAUUUCAAGGCUCGUGGCGCCAAGGCACUCCGUGAGAUCCUCGACUGGGCAGAUGAUGAGGAGGAUAAGGUCGUUAUGAGCUCUGCUGAAGACGGCUCUGGAGUGGGUGCCGCGUUGAUCGCGGCGCUGACGCUAGAGAGAGUCAAGGCGGGCAAUCUGGCGGGUAUUCGAAAGACUGAUACAAUGAAGAAGAUGCUGUGA